AUGCAGCAUGCCGCGGCCCGUCUGCUCUCGCCCCCCCUCCGACGCUCUCUAGCUGUCGCAUUUCGCCCCGUACACGCUCGCGCCUUCACUGUACUCGCGCUUGAGUCCUCCGCGGACGAUACCUGCGCGGCCGUCGUCACCUCCGACCGCAAAGUGCUCUCAAACGUCGUGAUCAGCCAGCAAGCCUUCCUGGAGGAGUAUGGCGGAAUACAUCCCUUUAUUGCGUUACAUGCGCACCAGCGCAAUAUGCCAGGAGCGGUCCAGAGAGCGCUCCGAGAAGCUAAUAUGUCGGUGAACGACGUAGACGGGAUCGCAUUCACGCUGGGACCAGGCAUCCCGGGCUGCCUCAGCGUAUGCGGUAACGCCGCGCGCUCUCUCGCAGCCGCACUCAACAAGCCCCUCGUCGGCGUCCACCACAUGCAAGCACACGCGCUAACGCCCCUCCUCACCUCCCCGCCCUCCGAGCGCCCCCAAUUCCCCUUCCUCACCAUCCUCGUCUCCGGGGGCCACACGCUCCUCCUCCUUGCGACCUCCCCAAAGUCCUUCCGCAUCCUCGCGACCUCCCUCGACGAGAGCAUCGGGAACGCGUACGACAAGGUCGCGCGCCUCCUCGGCAUCCCGUUCGCCGGCACCUCCGCUGGGGCCGCGCUCGAGCGGUUCUGCGCCUCCGCCCCACUCGACGCGCCGGAGAUCCGGAUGCCGAGUCCCAUGCGCGGCCGGCUCGCGUUCUCAUAUACGGGCCUGCACUCGACGGUGGAGCGGUAUCUGGACACGCAGCGCAGCGUGCUGGACGAGCGCGCGCGGUUGGGGCUGGCGCGGAGCUUCCAGAAGGCGGCCGUUGCGCAGUUGGAGGAGAAGCUCGUGCUGGGGAUGCGGCUGUGCCGAAGGCAGGACGUGCGAGUGCGGGCGUUGGUCGUGAGCGGGGGCGUCGCGAGUAACCAGUACUUGCGGGAGAGGUUACGGGUGUGUUUGGACACAGAGAGUCCAGACGAAUGGAUCCCGCUCAACUUCCCGCCGCCGUCGCUCUGUACAGACAACGCAGUGAUGAUCGGGUGGGCGUCGAUGGAGCGCUUUUUGAGCGGGGAAACGGACGACUAUUCGAUAGAGUCGCGGCCUAAAUGGAGUCUGGAGGAUCUGGAGGUACCGGCUCCGCCUAGCAGUAGUUUAGAAUCUUCUAAUAAGGCGUAAUAUAGUCAUGGCAUCUACACACUGCACCGUAUGAAGAGCCUGCUUAUACA